CUUCACCUCUCUCUCUCCCCUCGGUCUUCCUCUUCUGUCUCCCCUCGGUUUCGGUUUUCUUAUUCCAGGCUCACCAUGGCCGACCAAUUCAAAGCCCGUACGCUCAAGCGCAAGAAUGUCAAAGGUCUCGCCCUCAAUGCCGCUCCCAAACCCGCCGCCAAUGCCUCCGAUCAGGAUCUUCCAGGAACGGGGGCUCCUGCCGAUGCGAACCGCACAGAUACUUUGGAAAUUGGUCUAGAGUUUCGUCUUGAUCUGCGCAGUGAGGAUUUGAUCACCCUCAAGGAACUGGGAGCGGGUAAUGGAGGGACCGUCUCCAAGGUCAAGCAUGCCUCCACCAACGUCGUCAUGGCCCGAAAGAUCAUUCGCGUCGACGCCAAAGAAAACGUUCGCAAACAGAUCCUCCGCGAACUGCAGGUCGGCCAUGAUUGCAACUCCUCCAGCAUCGUCACCUUCUAUGGCGCCUUCCAGAACGAAGCCCGCGAUAUCGUCUUGUGUAUGGAAUAUAUGGAUUGCGGCUCCCUCGAUCGCAUCUCCAAAGACUUCGGUCCCGUCCGUGUCGAUGUCCUAGGCAAGAUCACCGAAUCCGUUCUGGCCGGCUUGGUUUACCUGUACGAAGCCCACCGCAUCAUGCACCGCGAUAUCAAACCCUCCAACAUCCUUGUCAACUCCCGCGGCAAUAUCAAGCUCUGUGACUUUGGUGUCGCUACCGAGACCGUCAACUCCAUCGCCGAUACCUUCGUCGGGACCUCCACCUACAUGGCCCCCGAACGUAUCCAGGGUGGCGCCUACACCGUCCGCUCUGACGUCUGGAGCGUCGGCCUGACCGUCAUGGAGAUGGCCGUCGGCCGCUUCCCCUUCGAUUCCUCCGACUCGUCCGCCGGCGACCGCGCCAGUGCCGGCCCCAUGGGCAUCCUCGACCUACUCCAGCAGAUCGUUCACGAACCUGCCCCCAAGCUGCCCAAGAGCGAUGCCUUUCCCCCGAUCCUGCACGAGUUCGUCGCCAAGUGUCUCCUCAAGAAAUCCGACGAACGUCCCACUCCGCGUGAACUUUAUGACAAAGACGCCUUCUUGCAGGCGGCCAAACGCACCCCCGUCGACCUUCAGGAGUGGGCUAUCAGCAUGAUGGAACGACACAACCGAAAAUCCUACCUGGCGCCCCCGCCCCCCAAGUCCCUGAAGGAGGAGCAGUCGUCCAAAUCCAAGUCUGGCUCCGGGACCCCCGGGCGCACCCCGCCCCAUCCUUCGCCCCGCGCCCCCGAGGAGAUCCCGGUCAACAUGGUCCCCGACCGGCCCGCCUACCGCCCGUCCACCCAGUCACCACGACCUAUGCGGUCGGCGCGCUCCCCGCCCCGCAUCGCCCUCGAGCACCUGUCCCUGGAGACCCGCGAGGACGACGGUCGCUCCGGCCGCCGCCCCUCGCGCCACGGCCUCGGGGGUCCUACCUCAGCCGUGGGUUCGCCCGGACACGUCUCGCGGGGUUCGCGAUCCAGCUCGCAUAAUCCCCACGCGCGUCUACCCCUGCAGACAUCGACGCUGCCCGUGCGGGCGGCCCCACCCCCGAGCGGCCCGCCGCCUCCGCCGCCCACCUCAUCUGGUAACGGGUGGUCGCGAGGAAUCUAGCCUUCUUCCUUUUCCCACUCUUGUCUUUCCAUUUCUUUUCUUUCAUUUCUUUUUUUUCAUCUCCAUCUCCACACGUUGAUGUCGGUAUGGAUAUUAGUAUGGACGUGAUAUGAUGUUUGUGAUGUGAUGUGGGUAUGGACGGAUCCCACGUCCCAGCGCUGGACCAUGAACUACUUACCAUGACAUGAACCCCAGACGACUUUUUGCAUCAGCAAGGCGUAUUCAAAUUCGUUCGUUCGUACUCAUUACGAGAUGGUCAUUUCACUUUCCCCCCUUUUUUUUCCCCUUUUUUUUCUUUUCUCUACCUUUUCAUUUCACUACUUUUCUUCUCGUCUUUUUCUCCCUUUGACUCCCCUUAUUGCGGAUGGUUUCUUUCUCAAUAGCAAGCAGCCUACGUCCAGGGCAUACAUUUUGUGUAUCUCCUACCUGUACAGGACAGAUGUUAGGGCUGGAACUUUUGCAUCUGUCUUUGUUUUUGUUUCUUUUCAUCUUUUUAUCUUUUUCUUUUUGACCAUAUACGAUGAGAGAGCUUUUUUCUAUACAUACCUCUAUCCAUACAUACAUAUCAGUCGUA